AUGUCGCGGAAAACCUACAAUUUUCCCCCUCCGUUAGCGAGUCCGUUAGGAAAUCCGUUAUCUGCCUACAUGGUGUUGGCUAUUGCGAAUCUCACGGCCUGGUGCUCAGGGCCGAAGGGAUGUGCGUCAACACGUGACGUCCUUCUUUUGGGUGCGGUGCGGUUGUGCGCGGGCGUGCCAGCACGGUCUACCGUUCGUCGAGAUGGUGAUGAGGUUCGGGUAGAAGAUGGUUAA